GAAGUAAACGCAGUUAGAUAAGGACACAGAGAGGGCCCGUAUCAUUCUUUUUCUCUGUUUUACUUCUACGGUUUCCACUAUUCUACUUUAUGCUCAGCACCACUUGCGCCACUUGCGCGACGCGGUCAAUUCUUAUAUGCCUAUGCAUUUCCCAGGCAUGUUCAAGAAUUGGUUAUGUCAGUUCCAUGUAAAAACUUUAAAGUUUCUUUAUGUGAAUUAAAAAGACAACUUAUUGAACAAAACUUGAUGUACUUCUCUAUUUUUCAAAGAAUAGUAGUGGUGAACUAUUAAAAUAUACAUAUUGCACAUAAACAUAUUUUUAAAAAUAAUUCGUGAAAGAGAGGUUAAACCAUUGUGUUUAUUUAUAUAAUUUAUUGUUAUGCUGGGGGAAAAGCCAGAAAUUUUUAAAACCAUAUAUACGUAAAAUAGGAUACUUUUUAACCAUGUCGUAUAUGAAAGAGGAGAAACAAUAUGGCUUGAUAUUGCCUAAAAAGCAACAGUCUGUGGCACCAAAAGUUAGUAAUGUAUUUGGUGAUAAUGAUGAUUCAGAUGAGGAAGAUGGUACUGAUUGGGUCAAGAAAGCUCUUCAAGCAGAAGGAGAAAAACAUAAAAUUAAAAAGCAAACAAAAUUAAAUAUGCAAAAGGCUUUGAAAGAAGAUCCUACUAUAUUCCAAUAUGAUGAGGUAUACGAAGACAUAGAAAAGAAAAAGGAUCAAUCAAAAGGUGUAAGAGAUGAGAAGAAGAAACCUAAGUACAUACAAAAUCUAUUGAAAGCUGCUGAACGAAGAAAAAAGGAACAGGAAUAUAGAAUAGAGAGAAUGGUCCAGAAGGAACGUGAGGCCGAGGGAGAAAUGUAUGCUGAUAAGGAAAGCUUUGUUACUUCUGCUUAUAGAGCAAAAUUGGAGGAAUUUAAGAAAUUGGAAGAAGAAGAAAACAACAUGGAUAGAUUGGAGGCCAUUGGGGAUGUUAGAAAGCAGCAAGAUAUGUCAGGAUUUUACAGACAUUUAUAUGAACAAACUAUUGAACCAUCAAAGGAGUCUGACGCAAAAAACGAUAUAAACAAUCAAGAAAUAAUUCCUCAAAUUGAUGCAAGUAAAGAAAACGUUGUAGUGAGUACUCAAGAGCAGAUUAAAAAUAAAGAAAUGAAAAAGAAUAGGCAGUACAGGCAACGAAAAAUAGAAGAAGACAGUGAUUCGGAUACUGAUAUUCAACAAAAAAUAGAUAAUACAACUUCCACAGCUGAAAAACGUAAAAACGAGGAGCAAAGUAAAGACAUUGAGAAGAUGGAACCUGAAGCUAAGAAGCAAAAACAAGAAAUCGAGAAUAAUAAACCUGAAGAAACAUCUAAUGACGAUAAAUUAGAACAUGAUGUCUCUUCCAAGAAUAGUGAAAAGGGAUCAGAAGAAAACAAGAACGAUGAAAACGAUGAAAAGGAAAGAGCUGAAAAAGCGAGUAUUAGUGCAAAAGCAAAAAUAGAAGCAGAGAAAAAGGAAAAGGCUAAGAUUUGGGUGAAAAGAACAAUUGGUCCUGUAUUUGAGGCAGCAUUAGAGAGGUAUUAUGCCAGGAAAGCUAUGAGAACAGCAGCUAGUUAAUGAAAUUUAAUUGUUAAUAUAAAAUAUUAUUCGCUGUAUAUGUCUAUACAUAUUAGGAUGUGAUAAUAAAAAGUUUUGGUCA